AUGGCCUCAUUUCCGCCCAAAUGCUGCGCCAAACCUCUCCGCAUCUCCGUCUGGGGAAGCAUGCUUGAGCCUGAUAUCCUGGAUCGGUACAAGGAGAUCGAAGCCGAGUUUAGCACCAAUCGGCCACUGUACUGCGCAUCACCAAAGUGCUCCACGUUCAUCCCCGAAGGCGCUAUGGUCCCACAGGAUGAGCUCGGUCUCUGCCCUAAAUGUGCGACCUCGACAUGCAAACACUGCAGACGGCUAAUGGAUGAUCAUGCUGUUUGGGACACCGCCGAACGCAUCUGCCCAAAGGAGGAAGAGGGCUUGACGAAACUCUACGAACUAGGAAGUGAGAAAAAGUGGAAACAAUGUCCGACGUGUCUGAACAUGGUUGAGAAGACUGAAGGAUGUAAUCACAUGGAUUGUAUCUGUGGGGUGGAAUUCUGCUAUCGCUGCGGCAAUCUUUUCGACGAAGAUGACGCUUGUGAAUGCGAACUCAACACAUGGGACAACGAGGACGAUGGUGAAGAGGAGGAAGGAGAUGAGGACGACGACGACGACGACGACGACGAGGAUGGGGACGAACAUGACGAAGAUGAAGAGUCUGAUGAGGACGAGUGGCCCAAUUACCGUCUCGCAGUUGACCUCGCCGGUCGCCCGAGAUGUUUACACCCGGACCUGUCUCCCCUGGGCGCGCACCAUCAUACCUGUCACGGAUGUCUCCAGAGAAAUCUUCUCCUGACCUGCGAGGACUGUGCGCUGGAGCUAUGCCAGGCGUGCGUGGACAAAAUAAGAAAUGCCAGUGGUGGCGAGGGUGACGAUGGAGAGGACGGAUCCAUGGACUUGGAUCGCCGUGGGAUGGAAAGAGGCUCUAGACUCGACGGUAUCCGAGAGUGGCCGAACAACUCAAAUCCAUAUGCGCUGACUCCAUUUCGUUGA